CAGUCACUUCUUUCUCCUCCUCACUCUAUCUGCAUCUCAACCACCUCUCGCUCUCUUGCUCUCUCUCUCUCUCUCUCUCUCAAAACAUACCUCCUCUCUUCAUUUAUCUCACUCUCCCUCUCUCUCCUCCUGUGUCUCCCCUCCCUCUUGGAUCUCUGCCUAGCUACUGCUCUCCCUGUCCGUUCUCCUCCAUCCCUCCUUCAGCCACUCUGUGUUCCUCUUGUGGAUCCUCCCAUCUCUUCCUGUCUCCUCUCUGAAGCUGUCACUGUCUCGUGUGUGGAAACAUGUCAACCGUUCUGGAUGUGGAGCAGAAUGCAUGCACUGGAGAUGCAGUGGAGCAUGAUGUUGAGACGCCCCACGGUGUGCUCCAUGUGACCAUGAGAGGAAGCCCUAAGGGCAACCGUCCUGUCAUUCUGACCUACCAUGACAUCGGCCUCAACCACAAGUCCUGCUUCAACACGCUGUUUAACUUUGAGGACAUGAUGGAGAUCACUCAGCACUUUGCCGUCGUGCAUGUAGACGCCCCUGGCCAGCAAGAGGGAUCUCCCCCCUUUCCCACAGGGUACCAGUACCCCACCAUGGAUGAGCUGGCAGAGAUGUUACCCUCAGUCCUGACUCAGCUAAAGGUGAACAGCGUGAUUGGAAUUGGUGUGGGAGCAGGAGCAUAUAUCUUAACCCGCUUUGCUCUGAAUCAGCCGGCCCUGGUGGAGGGGCUGGUUUUGAUCAAUGUGGACCCCUGCGCUGAGGGAUGGAUGGACUGGGCUGCUUCUAAGCUCACUGGGUGGACUAGUAAUCUAGUGGACAUUGUGAUGGCUCAUCACUUCAGCACUGAGGAGCUGACUGACAACCAAGAACUGAUUCAGACGUACCGCCUGCACAUUGCACAGGACAUCAACCAGGAUAACCUGGCCCUCUUCUGUGGCUCAUACAAUGCCCGUCAAGACCUUGGUAUCGAGAGGCCAAUUGCUGGAGUCAAUGAGAAUACAGUGAAGACACUGACAUGCCCUGCUCUUCUGGUGGUUGGAGACACUUCCCCUGCAGUGGAGGCUGUGGUUGAAUGCAACUCUAGGUUAAAUCCAACAAAGACCACUUUGCUGAAGAUGGCGGACUGUGGCGGUCUGCCUCAGGUUGUUCAGCCUGGAAAGCUGGCCGAAGCCUUCAAAUACUUUGUACAGGGAAUGGGAUACAUUCCUCAUGUUUUGCUCAGCCAUCUGAGCACUGAAUCAGUACCAGCGGCUGGCAUGACCCGUCUGUCUCGAUCCCGAUCCUCCUCGUCCAGCAUCACAUCCUCAGACGGCUCACGCAACCGCAACCUGAACAGCCCUCUGGACGGGCCCACCUCUGGAGUCCUGGACAACCAGGGCAGGCCACAAACUAUGGAAGUCUCCUGCUAAAGCCCCGCUGCUGUUGUUUCACCCCUCACCUCCUGUUAUUUGUGUCCUAGAUUCCCACACGUUUCUAAAGCCGGUAAUAGUGAGGCAGGGGAGGCUUGAAUGAAAUGUAUGAAAUACUGAAGGUAUGCAUAUUGAAUAUAUACAUGUUAAUAAACGCUAGCCAAAUUUUAAGUCAUAAAUGCAGAGUAAAUAAAAGACUAAUAUAUAUUUACACAUGAAGGGUCUUCCACCAAGCUUUUUUAAUUUUAGUUUAAAUCUUUUAUUUAUUAGCAUUACAUUCCACCUCUUUUUUAAAACACUCUCACUUAAAAACACAUGCAUUAAAAAUGUCAUUUUUGUUUUAUGGUGACCUGUGACCUUUCAUGUGUUCUUAUCUUGCUACAAUGUGUGAUAUUGUUUCAUUUGUCGUCCUGUUUAACCGUUACAACUGCUUAUCGUGUUCUGUCACUGAAUUCACGUUCCUGUUCAUCCUAUGAAUGUAAUGAAUGUUUAAAAACUGACUUUUGUCAUAUUUAUAGUAAAAACUCAGAUAGGUUAUACUAAACGCGUCAGCUAUUAGGAGAUGAAAGAAGUGGAUUAUUAAUAUUUCUUUUUUUUAAUAGUUACAUAAGGCUUUCACUCUUUUAAAUAUGCAAAAUGAAAGUAGCACGGACUUAAAUCAUGUUUUUCUUUUGUACAUUUACUCCCUAACCAUUUUUAACAAAAUUAUUAAUCAAAAUGUAAACUGAUGUACACAUGGAAUGACAGCUUUCACAGACAUGAUUAUGAGUAUGAAAUAGUGUCUGACAAAGUCACUGUCCACUGAUUGUCAAUUACUAAAUAAAGUUAGACCAUGGAAAAUAA